AUCCUCCAGUUUUCAAAGGAACAGAAACCACUUCUCUGUCUCUCGGACGGACCUCAUUCAAUUCUGUUUUUUAGAAGUUAAUUUCUGUUUCCUCCACAUUUCCGAUCCAAUCUUCACUGAAUCAUUGCAUUAUUCGCAUUAUCCAUCAAGAUUCUGUUAAUUUAUGUUUCCAAUCUUGCCAAGAACAUUGAAAUUCUUAAAGAUUUUGUGAAUUCCAGAUCAGAUUUUUUGGAGAUACGGUGAAAUAUGAACGUUGCAUUUCCUUCAAGAUUUUGAAAUCGGUAGAGAGAGGAGGCGCAACCAACAAUGAAUAGACCGACCGGAGCAACACAACCGAUUCUACAAAGACCUCCAGGUUACAGAGAUCCAAAUUCCUCGAUCCCUACACCGGUAAAACCACCAAUCCGGAAACAACCUCCUCCUCUUCCUCCAUCAUUCCAUCCGAAACGAAAACGCCGCAGUUACUGCCGCCGCUGCUGCUGCUGUUUCUUCUGCUUCUUCUUACUCUUAAUCAUCAUCGUUGCCGCCGCCGGUGGUCUCUUCUAUCUCUGGUAUCAACCAAAGCUCCCAAUCUUUCGCUUAAAAUCGAUCGACUUCCCCAGCUUUAAUGUCUCCAUCACCGCCGACGGUACUUACCUAGAUUCGAAAACAAUCGUGAGGUUUGAAACUGAGAAUCCUAAUAAGAAGAAGAUAACGUUCUACUACGGUCACACUGACGUUGUCCUGACCACCGGCGGCGACAUCGAUCUAGGUUCGGCGACCUUGCCAGGAUUCACUCAGGUGGCGAAGAAUAUUACGAUAUUGAAGUUUGCGACACAGGUGAAGCACUUGAUGAUAAACGAUGAGGGAGGGGCGAAGCUGAAGAGUCAGCUCCUAAGCAAGAAUAUGGUGGUUAGUGCUGAGGUCCAUACUCAGUUCGGCUUGGGUGUGGAGAAGAUGAAGUUGGGGAAUAUGGCGGUGAAGAUUUUGUGCAAGGAUGUCUCAUUGAAACAGUUGAGUGGAGGCACCACCACUGGUUGCAGCAUCAACUUAUUGAAAUGGAUCAACCUAAAAUUAUAGUUUUCAAGACAACUGAGAAAAGCGUAACUUGAAACCACACCAUUGAUGAAUUAAAUACUGUUUUGGGUUUUAUUUGUAUAAUUUGAAUUUUUUUUUUCCCCCUUUUAUUACUGAUACAAAUUGUUUUUAAUUAUUUUAUUUUUUGGUAAAUUUGUUUGUAAUAUAUUAAGGACAUAUCAUAUACUAACUUCAUGUUCGGCUAAUUACUAUUUUCUGGAAUUGUUGAAAGAGUGUAGUCAUCGUUUUGGCAUGCCCAUGGCAUUUGGUUAUAGUUGCAUUAAUAUGAUUGUUUCUUUAUAUUUC